GUUGAAGCGGGGACGGGGAGGCCGCGGCUCGUUAUCAACGCAGUAACGGUUGAGACGCGCGGGAGUCGAUACGCGCGGCGCCGCCUCUAGUCGCGCGAAUGGCACAGCGAGUCUGGCGGUGAGCGCGCACAGCGCCGGAGGAGCACAGACGGCACCAUGAUGGUGACGAGGACGCUGUGGAGGAAGCCUCGCUCCAGGGGCUCCAGCCCGGGCCAGCCGGCCCCCGCCAGCAGAGGCAGCGACAGCAGCAGCACUGCCAGCUCGGACAGGCUGGACCAGUCGGGCCCUCGGAGUCACGUGGUCUCGCCUGACGACAGCAUCAACGUGUGUGUCCGAGUUCGACCGCUAAACAACAAGGAACAGCGGAGUGGAGACGGGUCUACUAUUCAGUUCCCCGGCAAUGGACAGAUUUUGAUGGGCGACGCGAGCGCGGGCAGCAAGCCGCGCGUGUUCUCGUACAACGUGGUGUUCGAGCCGGGCGCCAGCCAGCAGGACGUGCUGGAGUUCUCCGGCGUGAAGCGGCUGCUGGAGAUGGCGCUGGAAGGCUUCAGCUGCACCGCCUUCUGCUACGGCCAGACGGGCAGCGGCAAGACGCACACGCUCACCGGCCCUCCCGGCAUGUUCGACAGGAGGGUGGACCCUUACUCCGAGAACCACGGGCUGGUGUUCCGCUCGUUCAUGUACCUGUUCCAGCUGCUCAGGGAGAGGAGUGAGCUCCACUUCGUGCUCAAGGCUUCCUUCCUCGAAAUAUACAACGAAAAGGUGAUAGACCUGCUGAACCCGGGCACGGCGAGGAAGCCGCUGGCCGUGCGCUGGUCCAAGAAGUCGCGCGGCUUCUUCGUCGAGAACCUCUUCACGGUGGACUGCGAGGAGCUGGACGACCUGCUGGCCGUGCUGGAGGAAGGCAUGAGGAACAGGUCCGUGGGUAGCCACAGCAUGAACGACUACUCCAGCAGGAGCCACACGAUCCUCACCGUGCACAUCAUAUCCGAGCAGCAGAUGGAGGAUGGCGUGUUCAUAUCGAAACAAGGCAAGAUCAACUUCGUGGACCUGGCGGGGAGCGAGAUGACGAAGAAAACCCACAGCGAGGGGAAGACGCUGGAAGAAGCCAACAACAUCAACAAGAGUCUUAUGGUCCUCGGCUACUGCAUCGCCUCGCUGAGCGACAGCAAGAAGAAGCACGGCCACAUCCCGUACAGGGACAGCAAGCUGACCAAGCUGCUGGCGGACAGCCUGGCUGGCAACGGCGUCACCCUCAUGAUAGCGUGCAUAUCGCCGGCGCGGUCCAGUCUCAGCGAGACCAUCAACACUCUGAGGUAUGCUGCCAGAGCUAAGAAGAUACGCACCAAGCCCAUUGUCGUGAUGGACCCGCGGGAGUCGCUGAUCCUCAGCCUCAAGAGGGAGGUGAACGCCCUGCAGGAGGAGAACGACCACCUGCGCACGGCGCUGAACCUGAACGAGGCCCGUCCUCCCAGCCAGGGCUCGCGGCAGGGCGUCGGCGCCGCUGCCCCAGGCGCGCGGGCUACGAGGACGCCGCCCAGCGUGGACGCGGAGAAGCUGCUGGAGAUGGAGCGGCCGGACCUGGCCGAGCUGAUCCGCCACUACCUGACGGAGAACGAGGCGCUGCGGCGGGAGAACCAGGAACUGUUCACGACGAGGGAGCUGCUGCUCCGCGACCAGGAGCUGGUGUGCCGCGAGAACGAGCGCCUGCUCAAGAAGCUCGAGGACGUCAACUCCGUUUGUUGCCGUUCUCCAAUCAUCCCAGCAAGACCAACUUACUCAUCGGAAAUGCUCAACAUGUCCAUGAAUGGGGAUCUAGAUGCUACAAAUAUCUGGACGAAUCCUCUGAAUGCUACAGUUACCUUGAGUCAGUCAGCAAGCAGCAUUAUGCCUGGGCCAAAAUUCAAGCAAGAUAUUCUUGAAGGAAGAUUAUCGACAAAGCCUCCUCACAGACUUCCAGAUUCCAUAAAUAAAGAAAUAGAAAAAAGAGGCAUUGGCAGAAGUAUGACGAACAUUGCAGACACAUACCGUGAGAAGAGCUAUCAAAGGCACAACUCUUGGGAUAAUACGAACACUGUUUCAAAUAUUGAUGGUGCUGAGUCUGCACUUCGUCGGAAGAAACUUACAGAUGUCAUUGAAUCGUGUAGAUGAAGAAGAAUUGCAGAACUACCACCAUACAAAUCAUUACGACAAUAUUGGCUUGUUAUAAAAUAUGUACAGUGUUGUUGGUACAAUUUGUUGUUAACCAUGUUGAGAUGUCAAUUUAAGGAAAUUAUAAAAUUGUUGAUCAUCUGGUUGCAUAAGCUAAUGUAUAAAAAUAAACUACAUUAAAUAAAUUAAUUUAAACAA